AUGGCAAAUUCAGUGGGGAUGACUCGUUGCCUAAGCAUCACUGGGACCGGAAGCCCAAGGGACCACACUGUCUGUGCUGCUAAGCCUAGCAUCACUGGGACCGGAAGCCCAAGGGACCACACUGUCUGUGCUGCUAAGCCUAGCAUCACUGGGACCGGAAGCCCAAGGGACAACACUGUCUGUGCUGCUAAGCCUAGCAUCACUGGGACCGGAAGCCCAAGGGACCACACUGUCUGUGCUGCUAAGCCUAGCAUCACUGGGACCGGAAGCCCAAGGGACCACACUGUCUGUGCUGCUAAGCCUAGCAUCACUGGGACCGGAAGCCCAAGGGACCACACUGUCUGUGCUGUUAAGCCUAGCAUCACUGGGACCGGAAGCCCAAGGGACCACACUGUCUGUGCUGUUAAGCCUAGCGUCACUGGGACAGGAAGCCCAAGGGACCACACUGUCUGUGCUGUUAAGCCUAGCGUCACUGGGACAGGAAGCCCAAGGGACCACACUGUCUGUGCUGUUAAGCCUAGCGUCACUGGGACAGGAAGACCAAGGGACAACACUGUCUGUGCUGCUAAGCCUAGCGUCACUGGGACAGGAAGCCCAAGGGACCACACUGUCUGUGCUGCUAAGCCUAGCAUCACUGGGACCGGAAGCCCAAUGGACCACACUGUCUGUGCUGCUAAGCCUAGCAUCACUGAGACAGGAAGCCCAAGGGACCACACUGUCUGUGCUGCUAAGCCUAGCAUCACUGGGACCGGAAGCCCAAGGGACCACACUGUCUGUGCUGCUAAGACUAGCAUCACUGGGACCGGAAGACCAAGGGACCACACUGUCUGUGUUGCUAAGCCUAGCAUCACUGGGACCGGAAGCCCCAGGGACCACACUGGCUGUGCUGCUAAGCCUAGUAUCACUGGGACCGGAAGCCCAAGGGACCACACUGUCUGUGCUGCUAAGCCUAGCAUCACUGGGACCAGAAGCCCAAGGGACCACACUGUCUGUGCUGCUAAGCCUAGCAUCACUGGGACCGGAAGCCCAAGGGACCACACUGUCUGUGCUGUUAAGCCUAGCAUCACUGGGACCGGAAGCCCAAGGGACCACACUGUCUGUGCUGUUAAGCCUAGCGUCACUGGGACAGGAAGACCAAGGGACAACACUGUCUGUGCUGCUAAGCCUAGCGUCACUGGGACAGGAAGCCCAAGGGACCACACUGUCUGUGCUGCUAAGCCUAGCAUCACUGGGACCGGAAGCCCAAGGGACCACACUGUCUGUGCUGUUAAGCCUAGCGUCACUGGGACAGGAAGCCCAAGGGACCACACUGUCUGUGCUGUUAAGCCUAGCGUCACUGGGACAGGAAGCCCAAGGGACCACACUGUCUGUGCUGUUAAGCCUAGCGUCACUGGGACAGGAAGACCAAGGGACAACACUGUCUGUGCUGCUAAGCCUAGCGUCACUGGGACAGGAAGCCCAAGGGACCACACUGUCUGUGCUGUUAAGCCUAGCAUCACUGGGACCGGAAGCCCAAGUGACCACACUGUCUGUGCUGCUAAGCCUAGCAUCACUGGGACAGGAAGCCCAAGGGACCACACUGUCUGUGCUGCUAAGCCUAGCAUCACUGGGACCGGAAGCCCAAGGGACCACACUGUCUGUGCUGCUAAGCCUAGCAUCACUGGGACCGGAAGCCCAAGGGACCACACUGUCUGUGCUGCUAAGCCUAGCAUCACUGGGACAGGAAGCCCAAGGGACAACACUGUCUGUGCUGUUAAGCCUAGCAUCACUGGGACCGGAAGCCCAAGGGACCACACUGUCUGUGCUGCUAAGCCUAGCAUCACUGGGACUGGAAGACCAAGGGACCACACUGUCUGUGCUGUUAAGCCUAGCAUCACUGGGACCGGAAGCCCAAGGGACCACACUGUCUGUGCUGUUAAGCCUAGCAUCACUGGGACCGGAAGCCCAAGGGACCACACUGUCUGUGCUGCUAAGCCUUGCAUCACUGGGACAGGAAGCCCAAGGGACCACACUGUCUGUGCUGCUAAGCCUAGCAUCACUGGGACAGGAAGCCCAAGGGACCACACUGUCUGUGCUGCUAAGCCUAGCAUCACUGGGACCGGAAGCCCAAGGGACCACACUGUCUGUGCUGUUAAGCCUAGCAUCACUGGGACCGGAAGCCCAAUGGACCACACUGUCUGUGCUGCUAAGCCUAGCAUCACUGGGACAGGAAGCCCAAGGGACCACACUGUCUGUGCUGCUAAGCCUAGCAUCACUGGGACCGGAAGCCCAAGGGACCACACUGUCUGUGCUGCUAAACCUAGCAUCACUGGGACCGGAAGCCCAAGGGACCACACUGUCUGUGCUGCUAAGCCUAGCAUCACUGGGACCGGAAGCCCAAGGGACAACACUGUCUGUGCUGGGCCCAGUAACAUCCUACGGUAA